UUCUCCCCCGUCUGCAACAACAUACGUCUGACAAACGGCACCGUUUCGCCAUGAUCACCAGAUGGAUCAAUGGCGUAUUCCAGCGACAAAAAACCGAAGAGUUACAACAAUGUUUCCUGUGUAGCCAAUUCGGAAUCCCGAAUUUUCACUCAACAAAGUGUGAUCCAGCCUCCCAUUCCUCAUGGGAGGCUCUCGCAGGUUCUUCAUUGGUUCCGAUCGGUUCUCGUAAGAGAACCGAUCAGAAGAGCCAGAAGUCCUCAAUGGGGGGACACCCGUGUCACGUUUUGGAUCCACGUAACGACAGAUUGCUGUGGUGGAAUAGGAUGCUUCUUCUGGCGCGAUUUGCCGCUUUGGCGGUGGAUCCGUUUUUCCUUUUCGCUUUGGCGGUGGAUGAUGACGGAGGCGACGGUGGUGGUGCGGUGUGUGUAUACAUAGUGGAGAGGGUGGUGAGGGCGGUGAGCAUUGUACGCACUUGUGUAGAUGCCAUGCACCUGUGCCACGUGUGGCUUCAGUUCCGGCUGGCUUACGUGUCUAGGGAAUCUUUGGUUGUUGGAUGUGGAAAGCUUGUUUGGGAUGCACGUGACAUUGCUUUUCAUUACCUUGGGUCGCUUAGGGGAUUUUGGUUGGAUGUCUUCGUCGUUUUACCAAUCCCUCAGGUGUUUUAUAUAUUUGUGGCACCAAGAUUAUUAAGAGAAGAAAAGAUACCAAUGAUAAUGAUCCUAGUACAGAUCAUAUUCAUGCUACAAUUCUUGCCCAAAGUUUAUCACUGCUACUGUCUGAUGCAUCGUAGACGGCUGAUCACCGGUUACAUUUUUGGAAAUGUUUGGUGGCGUUUUGGCCUCAGUUUCAUGGCUUACUUCCAAGCUUCUCAUGCAUCGGGAGGUUACUGGUACGCACUAGCCAUACAACGGGUUGUGUCAUGCCUUGUGCAACAGUGUGAUGCGAGUAAGAAAUGUAGCACCCCGUUUUUGUCGUGCUCGAGUAAAGCCAACUCUAGAAGCUCGAUGUGCUUAGAUGAUGAUGGGCCUUUCCUUUUUGGAAUCUAUGAGUUUGCUCUACCAAUAAUUUCGUGUGAUUCUGUUGUCACCAGGAUCUUGUACAGCAAUCUAUGGGGUCUCACUUCUUUCAGCACCAUGGGCAACAUUCUCGAGCCAAGCAGCGACGUCUUGGAGUUGCUUUUAUCUUGUUAUAUGGUGAUCUUUGGAGUAAUUCUUUUCACCGCGCUAAUUGGAAACAUUCAGGUUUUCUUGUAUGCACUCGCGGGAAGGACCACAAAAAUGCAAAUGAAACUAACGGACAUGGAAUGGUGGAUGAAACGCAGACAAUUACCUUCUAGUUUAAGACGAAGAGUUCGCCAUUUUGAGAACCAAAGAUGGUCGUUUAUGGGUGGUCAAGAUGAUAUGGAAAUGGUCAGAGAUCUCCCUGAAGGGCUAAGAAGAGACAUCAAGCGUCAUCUUUGCUUAGACCUAAUGAAAAAGGCACCUUUGUUCAAGUUCAUGGAUGAUGUUGUUCUUGACAAUAUUUGUGACCGAGUUACAUAUUUCGUCUACUCAAAGGGUGAGAAGAUUAUUAGAGAAGGAGACCCGGUUCAGAGAAUGAUGUUUUUGGUUCACGGUCAAGUGAAGAGAACCCAAUGGUUAAGCCGCGGGAUGGUUGCAACCAGCACACUGGAACCGGGGAGCUUUUUUGGGGACGAGCUUCUAUCAUGGUGCCUUAGGAUGCCAUUCAUAGACCGUUAUCCGGCUGCAACCGCAACAUUCACUUGUGUGAAAGGAACAGAAGCAUUUGCACUAGAUGCAAAGCAUUUAAGGUACAUUACAAAUCAUUUCCGUUACUCGUUUGUUAGUGAAAAGAUGAAACGAAGGGCGAGAUACUAUUCAUCCAACUGGCGAACGUGGGCUGCUGUUAAUAUACAAAUUGCGUGGCGCCGGUACAUUUUGAGGACCAGGAACGAGGCGGUGGCGUACAGGGCCAGGAACCAUGACCGGCUUAAACAUUAUGCGGCCAUGUUCAUGUCGUUUAGGCCACAUGAUCACCUAGACUGAAAAAAAACUGCUGUAAUCACAGCAUGCAUUGUUUUGGUGUGUUUAUCAGUUUAUGAUACAUUGUUUGUAAUGAUUUCGCGUUGGUAAAACUGUAAACCAUCAAUAUCUAUGUUUAUAACAAUCAUAAAUAUUUUUAAAACAACUAUUUGUGAUAGUGAAGACAACUAUCCA